AUGCCGGUCGGGGGGGGGCUGCUGUGCGCUGCCAGCGGCCUGGCCCUGCUCGUCACCGCCACCGCCACCGACUUCUGGCUGCAGCACCGGGCGCCCGGCGGCACCGCGGCCAUCGGGCUGUGGCACCUCUGCCUGGGGGGGCACUGCCGGCCCCCCCCCGGCCCCCCGGCUUUCUGGGACGCCACGCGGGUGCUGAUGCUGCUCGCGGUGCUGGCCGCCGCCGCCGGCUUCGCCCUGGGGCUCUCGGCUGCCGCCGCCGGUGCUGCCCGGAGGGUGCGUGCCCGUGCGGCCGGCGUCACCCUGCUGCUGGCGGGUCUCCUGGCGCUGCUGGGGCUGGCGGUGUGCACGGCCGGCGCUCGGAGCCUGCUGGGCCCAGCACCCAGCGCCUGGCGCCUCUCCUGGUCCUACCUCCUCGCCUGGGUCGCCGUCGUCCUCACCGGCUCGGCAGGGCUCUUCCACCUCUGCGCUGCCACCAAGGACCCGUCCCCGGAGAGCUCCGAAGCUGGGGGGGCCUGA